AUGUCUUCAACUCAAGAAGAUGAAAAUGAAUUGCCAAGCCUUGAAACUGCUAAAGAAAAAUUUCAUGAACAUGAGAAAUAUAUGCAAUCAUUAACUCAAAGUCAAGAAAGUGUUGGGCGUGUUCUACAUCGUGGUCAUCAUUUAAGUAAAAAAUUAGAAGAUCCAGAACAAUCUGCAGCAAUUAUUAACCAAUUAAAAUCUGUCCAAUCUCGAUGGGAAUUAAUUAGAAUUGGGGCUAUGGAAAGACAAACAGCUCUUCAACAACAAAUUGAAAAAAUACAAAGAGCACAUUUAGAUGAACUUAUUGAAUGGUUGGAGGGAAUAGAAAGAAGAUCAAGACAACAAUUAUGUCCACUUGCCGAAAAUAUUGAUGUUUGUUUAAAACAGCGUGUUGAGGCUGGGGCUUUAAAACGUCAAAUGGAUGAAAAACAGCCAGUCUUUGCACAACUUUCUUCGUUUGUUGAAGUUGUCGAUCAAAGUUCUCAACAAAAACAAAAAGAAGUUGAGCAACAAAAAAGUAAUUUACAAAAUUUGGAAAUUUUGGUUAAACAGGUUGAUAAACGUUGGAAUAAACUUUUAGAAUUAAUCACUUUACAUACAAAAUUACUUGAAGGACUUGGUGAUUUAUUAGAAAAAUAUGAACAAUUAAAUAAUGAAAUAUUUGAAUGGCUAAAUGAAAAACUAAAUAAAUUAAAUAAAUUAAAAACCCCAAAUGAAUUAAAUACAGAAGAAGAAGUACAAAAUUAUUUAGGAAUUCUUCGAUCAAUGGAAAAAAGUUUAGAAAAUCAAAAACAACUUUUUGAAAAAUUUUCAACAAUUUCUAAAGAAUUAAUUAAUAGAUUUGAAAAAGGAAAGAAUUUGGGGGCUUCUCAAAAUAUUAGUGAUAAAUUAAAGGAAUUAAAUAAUAAACGUGAUGGAAUUUUGAAUAAAUUAGAAGAAAAUUCAGAAAUGUCAGGAAAAGUAAAAUUACAAACAAGUGAACUUCCAAUUCCGUCAAUAGAAGAUGAAGAACAGCCAAGAAGAAAAAUAACAUUAGAAACAAUAUAUUCUGUGGAUGAAAGUCGUCGAGGUUCAGAAUCCCCUCAAUCAGCUGCGAAAAAAAGAAAAUUACUUCAAUUACCACCGGCAGAACAUUUAACUAUUGAGGAAACGGAAGAAGGGCCUGUGAAAAAAGAAUUUAGAUUUGAAGAAGAAGAAAUAAAAGAAUUAAAAGAAGGUGAUUAUGAAAAACAAUCUUCUCCUAAACAAACUGAAGAAGAGAAAACUUCGACAUUAUUAAAUCAAUUUAUACAAAAAGUUUCUUCUUUAAAUCAAAAACUUCAACCGUUAAUUGAAUGGACUAGAUCAGAAUUUGUGCAACAACAAAUGUCCAGUCAACAAGAAAAAGAAAGUUUAACAAUUAAAAAACCUCAAAAUAUAAAACAAGCAGUACUUAAUUGCCAAAAACGAUUAAAUGAAGUGCGAGAAAUGGAACCUGCUGUGACUAAAUUGCAAAUACAACUUGAAUUUUUGCACAAUCGCGUCAAAUUGAGUUCAAAACAAUUGCAUGCAGUAAAUGAAAUUUUUGACGAUUUUAUGUCACGAUGGUCUUGUGUUGUUGGGACUAUAAGUAAAGUUUUAAGUAAUUUAUCUCGGCCAGAACCUUUAAUAAAAAGUCCAAGUAAAACACCAGAAAGGCAACAAAAACACUCAACAAAUCAAAAUAAAAUAUUUUUGAUGAUUGAACAAUUAGAUCAAUGGUUAAUUGCUUCUUCUAAAUAUUUGGAUGAAUUACCCCCACAAAUGCCAGCAAACGAUAAAUUUGAUAAAAUUGCUAAAAUUGCAAAACAAUUGGGGGAACAACAAGCACAUUUAAGUCAUUUGAAGAGAUUGGCAAAGCUCUCCCCCGAAGAAAUCAAAGCAUUAUUAGAAUUAGAAAAAAGAAUGAUUUCUUUAUUAAAUCGAAUUGAUAAAUUAACUGAUGCUACUGAAGAAGAGGAACAACCAACUAAAUUAAAAAUUGAAGAAAAAAUACGUCCACAAAUAGGUUCAAGACUUUCACCACGUACAACAACUGUUCAGUUAAAACAAGAGGAUAAUUUAGAAGAAAUACCUUCAACAAGUACUCAACAACAAUCAACCUCUCCUCCUUUGCCAAUGGACGAAGCUGAAACUUUAAGAAUGAAAUUACUUGUUGAAGAAGAAAAAGAAAUUGAAGCUAGUAAUUUAGGUUUAGAGAAGGAAGAGGAUGAUGAAUGGACAAAAUGGUUGAGAGAAAAGGAAAAAGAAUUAAAAUUAAAUGAAGAAUGUAUUCCCGGUGAUUUAAAAUCAUUAUCUGCACAAUUGGAAAAAUGUGAUGAAAUGAUUGCCGAAUUACGUAAUAAACGUUGUGCUGCUUCUUCAAGUGAAUCAGAUGUUGAAAUGGUUGCUCCAUUAGAAGGUUUAUUACGGGCUGCUGAAACUAAAAGAAAUCAUUGUGUUGAUAGUAUAAAUAAAACACAAUUAUCUAUCCACAAAGCUGUUAAAUUGGAAGAAAUUGGUGAUCAAUUUAAAAGAGAACUUGAAUGGUUAAGAAGAAAUUUAUCUGUUGAUGAAUCUUCUUUAAAAGAAUCUUUUGAAAGAAUUAAAUAUUUAAAAACUUCUUUACAAUUACAAGAAGAAACAAAAAAAGAAACUUUAAAUUUAUUAGAAGAAGUUGCACAAAUUGCUUUAAAAAAGAAAUCAAGUGGCUCUAAUAUAUCUGGGGAACAAAUGAGGGAAAGAAUUGUGAAAUUAAAAAAUCAGUGGAAAAUGAUAGAAAAUGAGAUUGAGGUAAAAAAAUUAUUUUUGGAAAUAUAUCGAGAAUAUAAAUUGAAGGAAUUACUUGAUUGUUGUAAUAGAGAAAGUCAAAGAAGGGCAAAUUCUUGGCUUAAUUCUUUAAAAUUACUUUUAGAAGAAUUAGAACAAGCAUUGAAAGGAAGUUUUGAAUCUGCAACAGAUGCAGAAGAAUUGAGUGAACAUUUAGAUAAUUUAGAACGUCUUUUAGAUAGACUUGGGUCUAUUGAAAGGGAAGCUGAAGAAGAGGAAUAUAAAUUGGAAAUUACAGAAUUCCAUCCACAAUUAAUUGAAUUAACAAAGCAAAGGGAAUCUUUAAUUAAAGCUACAUAUGAGAGAUGUACACAAUUAAGGAAGACUGUUGCUAAUUGUGAACAUUUUGAACAAAGAUUGUGUCAAAUGCAUAAUUGGGGAGCAAAUAUGCAACAAAUAUUAAAUCAAAGACUUGCAUCAGAUACUUAUUCUUUGGAAGUACCCAAUGAAUAUAAGAAAAUUGAUAAAGAAUUUUCUGAAUAUAAUAAACUUGUUGAAGAUUUAAAUGGAUAUAUCCAUCAAUCAAAAUCAGAAUUUGCAUCUACAGAACGUUUAAAACUUCAAUUAGAUCAUGCAAAUCAACAACUUUCUUUAUUACGCCCAAAGUUUACAGAAUUUAAACAACCAAUUGGCCUUUUUGAAAGAAUGGAUAGAAUUCAACAACAAUUAACUGAAAUUGAAUCUUCUAUGGAUGAUUUGGCUGGAAUUGAAUCAGAGAAUUGUGAAUUCUGUCUUCUACAUUUAGAACAAAUUCAAAACCAAUUAGAAGAAUUAAGCACAGAUUGUGCUGCUUGUGAAGCUUCACGGGAUACUUUAAUUCGUGAAGGUAUAAUAGAAGAAAUACAGGCAAUUAAAUUAUCUGCUCAACUUUCUGAAAUGACUAAAAAAUGUGUUGAUGAAUUGGAAAAUAGAGCAACAAUAAAUAUUCAAAGAUUAAAAAGAGCUGUCGAUUUUGUUGAAAAAUUUGAUAGAGAAUGUGCUGUACUUGAUAAAUUAUUGGGGGAAGUAGAAAAUAGAUUAAUACAAAAUGAUGAAAAUAUUAAAAAUGAGAAGCAAACUCAAAGAUCUGUUAAAAUAAUUGACGAAUUAUAUAGACAAUUACGUGCUGCAACUGAUUCAACUUCAAAAGCCAAUGAAUUAGAAAGUUUUCUUCGAAAUUUAGCUAUUAGAUUACCUAAAGAAAAAAUUGAAUUUAUUAAAAAUGCAGAACAGCGUUGUUCUAAACUUAGAGAUAAAUUGGAUGAUUGGAAUGAAUUAAUUAACAAUCAAAUACCCAAAAUAAAUGAAAAAAGUGAAAUUAAACAACAAAAAGACCAAAACAUAUUAAUUGAGGAAGGGAUUUUUAAUGAAAUAAAUGAAUUGGCCAAAGAAUUGGAUAAACGAUUUGGACAAUUAGAACAACUAAAUUCAUUACCAAGUUAUCAAUUAAUUGAACGAUUAAAUGCCCUUCGACCAUUAAAAGAACGUUUUGAACAUUUAUCAUUACAAACUUUAUCAAGAAAGGAUUUCGGUUCUAAAGUAGCUCCUCUUUUAGCUAAUCUAAGUUCUAGAUGGCAAAAUUUAACAAUAAAGGCUUCUGACAGAAAACGGCAAGAAGAACAAAUUAAAUAUCAAGAAUAUUUGAAUUUAAAUCAAGAACCAGCCUGUACUAGUCCAUUAUCAAUUGGUGAGAUAUCGCCAACAACCGCUUAUCAAGAGGGAUUAAAUGAAAAUGAAUCGCUAGAAGAUGUACGAGAUUUUGGACAACAAGUUCAAUCGACAAUUGAACAUUUUGAAAGGGCUAAACGUCAUCUUAAUUAUUCUAGACAUCCUGUUAAUAAUUUACAAGAUUGGGAACAACGUUUAAAUAAAAUUGGUCAAUAUGUUGCCAAUCGAAAACUCAAUUUUGACGUUUUAAUAGCUGGAGGAAAGCAUAUUGCAGAAUCUGGCCCAGUUGAAUUAUUAACUUCAGCAGCACUUUCUAAACUCGACGAACUUAUAGAUUUAGUCCAUAAUGUAGAUGAGCAAGUUGAAAGAGAAGAACAAAGACUUCACAAUAUAUGCCAACAAUUUGGGAUUUUUAAUGGACAAACACAAAUGGCUAGAGAGAGAUUGGAAGCUAUGGAAAUGAAAGCAAAUACUUUAAAUACACACGCAAUUGAUCCUACUCCUGUUAUUGUAAGUAUAUUUUUAUUUUAA